GAACUGCUGCGUAUAAACACCCGAACCGGGCGCGACUCUGUGGUCAAUCUGAAAGACCAACGAGGCCUAACCCCUUUGGCUGAAGCUGCACUCGCAGGAGCGCCAGAAAUUAUGAGCCUACUAUUAAAGCAGAAGGAUAUUAAAGUGUCCACAGCUAUCACCGAUGCUCAGGGUGCUACUUUGCUGCACACUGCCGCCGCGGGAGGGUCAAUUGUAUGGUUGUUUUUUCUGUAG